AUGGAAACAGCUGAUGGGAGAAGAAGAGACUCAAUUGAUGUUGUGAAUCGUAGAUUAACUUGGGACGAAGCCAAUCUGCAACUAACGGAAGCCCAGAAGAACGCGACCAUGAAAGUGGAUGAACCGAAAACACCGUACAUCCGCUAUAAUCCUACCACAGAUCAAGUGGUGGACAUGUCAAAAGGUCAGUGA